AUGGCGGAAUCCGGCGAAUUCGUCUCCGAAGCGAUUUCUAACUCGACCCAUUUGAAUCAUUUGAAGCAAGUUCAGUCCUUUCUCAUCGUCGCUGGGCUAAGUCACUCGCCUUUCCUCUGUUUUAAGCUUCUUCGUUUCUGUACUCGUCGUCUCUGUAAUCUCUCUUACGCUCGCUUUAUCUUUGACCGCUUCUCUUACCCCAAUACGCAUCUCUACGCUGCCGUUUUAACUGCUUACUCUUCCUCUCUCCCUCUCCAUGCUUCCUCUGCUUUCUCCUUCUUCCGUCUUAUGGUUAACCGCUCUUUUCCUCGCCCUAAUCACUUCAUCUACCCACUUGUCCUCAAAUCAACACCAUAUCUCACCUCUGCUUUCUCCACUCCUUUGGUUCAUACACACUUGUUCAAAUCCGGGUUCUAUCACUACCUCGUUGUACAAACCGCUCUCCUUCACUCCUACGCAUCCUCUGUUUCUCACAUCCCUCUCGCAAGACACCUGUUCGAUGAAAUGUCUGAGAGAAACGUUGUCUCUUGGACUGCUUUGCUUUCUGGGUACGCGAGGUCUGGUGAUAUCUCCAGUGCGAUCUCUCUCUUCGACGAGAUGCCUGAGCGUGAUGUUCCCUCAUGGAACGCGAUUCUUGCUGCUUGUACACAGAACGGCCUUUUCGUUGAAGCGAUUUCUCUGUUUAGAAGGAUGAUCAAUGAGAAUGAGACUACUAAUGUUUGUCCUAACGAGGUAACUCUGGUUUGUGUCCUCUCCGCUUGUGCUCAAACUGGUACGCUUCAGCUGGCCAAAGGGAUCCACGCCUUCGCAUACCGUCGUGAUCUUUCAUCUGAUGUGUUUGUUUCGAAUUCUUUGGUCGACUUAUAUGGAAAAUGUGGUAACUUGGAGGAAGCAAGCUCUGUUUUCAAGAUGACGAACAAGAAGAGUUUAACAGCUUGGAACUCUAUGAUCAAUUGCUUUGCUCUCCAUGGUAGAAGCGAAGAAGCUAUAACAGUGUUUGAAGAAAUGAUGAAGCUGAACAGUAACGAUAUCAAGCCGGAUCACAUUACUUUCAUCGGUCUUCUCAACGCAUGUACUCAUGGAGGUUUGGUAUCGAAAGGCCGAGCUUAUUUCGACCUUAUGGCAAACAGAUUCGGUAUUGAGCCGAGGAUUGAGCAUUACGGCUGCUUAAUAGAUCUUCUAGGCAGGGCAGGUCAGUUCAAUGAAGCUUUGGAAGUUAUGGCCGGUAUGAAGAUGAAACCCGACGAGGCGAUUUGGGGAUCGCUGCUCAAUGCUUGUAGGAAGUAUAGCCAUUUGGAUUUGGCUGAAGUUGCUGUGAAGAAUCUGGUUGCUUUGAAUCCUAACAAUGGAGGUUAUGUGGCUAUGAUGGCGAAUUUAUAUGGAGAGAUGGGUAAUUGGGAAGAGGCACGCAGAGCUAGGAAGAUGAUCAAGAACCAAAAUGCUUAUAAAAUACCAGGAUGCAGUUGGAUUCAGAUUGAUAGCGAGGUUCAUCAGUUCUAUUCUCUUGGUAAAUCGCAUCCGAAGACCGAGGAGAUAUAUAUGAUACUUGAUAACUUGAUCUCUUUAUGA